GAGCGGCGUGGAGAGGCGGCGGGCGCGGCGAGGCCGGAGCUGCGCGGCGGGGACGCCCAGGGGCGCGGCGGCUGCAGCGCGAGGACGAUGGCAGCGCCCGCUGGGGCCGAGGCAGGGAGUGCGGCCCCCGGCCGCAGGCGUUGGCUGUGGCCGGUGCUGGCGGUGCUCGGGCUGCUGACCGCGGGCGUGGCAGCCUUGGAGGUCUAUACACCAAAAGAAAUCUUCGUGGCGAAUGGGACACAAGGGAAGCUGUCGUGCAAGUUCAAGUCCACGAGCACCACCGGCACGCAGACCUCGGUAUCCUGGAGCUUCCAGCCGGAGGGGACGGACACCCCAGUGUCGUUUUUCCACUACUCCCAAGGGCAAGUGUAUGCCGGGAAUCACCCACCGUUCAAGGAUAGAAUCAGCUGGGCUGGAGACCUCGACAAGAGGGAUGCAUCGAUCAACAUAGAAAAUAUGCAGUCUGUACACAACGGGACGUAUAUCUGUGAUGUCAAGAACCCCCCCGACAUAGUCGUGCAGCCGGGGCGCAUCAGGCUCUACGUCGUGGAGAAAGAGACCUUGCCUGCGUUCCCAGGCUGGGUGCUGGUGGGCAUCGUCACUGCCGUGGUCCUCGGGCUCAGCCUGCUCGUGAGCAUGGUCCUGGCCGUCCUCUACAGAAGGAAAAUCUCCAAACGGGACUACGCCGGCUGCAGUACAUCAGAGAGUGUGUCACCGGUUAAGCAGGCUCCACGGAAGUGCCCCUCCGACACAGAGGGUCUGGCAAAGGGCCUGCCGUCUGGAUCUCACCAGGGCCCAGUCAUAUACGCGCAGUUAGACCAUUCCGGUGGACAUCCCAGCGACAAGAUUAACAAGUCCGAGUCUGUGGUUUAUGCGGACAUCCGGAAAAAUUAAGGGAAGACCCAGAUCAUAUCCUAAACAAGAAUCAAAUCCAAACUGGACUCCUGUGCAGCAAGUGUAGCCUGUGGACACGCGUGACCUCGGAAGCCUGGGAAGGAGGAGCACACUUACUCGUGGAGGGGGAGACAGAUGUGUGUGAAGGACAUGCACAGAUAUUCCGUUUAAUCCUCUGCUGUGAGGAACCCAUGUUGCAUGAUGAAAAGAUGGUCUGAUUCUGUGUCUGUAUACAUUGUCUUGCUGUCUUUGUACUUUCUUUCAGGGUCUCUUACAGUUGGAAAAAUGCAGAAACAUUCCAGUCACCAUCACGUAGGUGGGGUCUGCCUUACUGGACGCAGUGGCAGGUCUCUCAGCGUCCCGGUAGGCGUGGCCUUCGGCCCGGGGGCUCAGCCUGCCUCUGCAGUUACUGUAGCUGGAGAACGGAGAUGCUGCUGGACAAGUAGCCGGGGGGCCCCUGACCCAGCACCUCCUGUUUGUGUAGCUGUUAGAAAACAUCCAUUUGCUAUACCACUUAGAGGCAGUCUCAGAAGUUUUUGUUGAUGUUUUUUCUCUAAAAUACAGGGCAGAUUUUUGCUUUAUACAUUGCGUAGACUUACCCGAAUGUAUCGCUUUUAUCAUAUCAGUCAUGGAUUCAUCACAGCGAUGAGCAGAUUGAUGGAUGCCAGAAGCCACCGCUUCCUAGGAACUUUGUGUCAGGACCAAGCAUGUAGUGAAGCAGAAACCCAGGCCUCGCCUGGGGGGUCCUGCACCCCGCCCCGGGCAGCUGGAGGAGAGGGUUAUUUCCUUCCGAGUGGGCAGCAACGGGGUGGUAGGCGGCCAGGGUCCGGAUUCCACAGCCGGCUCUCCGUGCAGCCUCGGCCAUGCUCUGCAUGGCUUUGUGGGGUCUCAGCCCUCCGAGGGGAACGGUGGGCCAGGUUUUUAGAUCAGCAGGCAGGCCUAGUACCUCUGCUUUGGAAAUCUCUCUCUGUUUUCCUUUUUAGCUCCCCCUCCCCCCUAUUGUGUGGAAUCAACAAAGUAAAAUGAGGAAAAAUCUAGAAACUUGGUAUCUGUUCCUGUAACCUAUUUCUCCCGUCGACUACCCACCACCCAUCUCAAACCUGUGAGUGUUUGUCUUUUCCUGGGAAUGAAGAGCAUGGUGAGGAUCACUAAGUAUUUAUGUAUAUGGUCAUUUCUGCAUUUUCUGGGUUACUGUCUUAAUAGAACUUUUUCCCAUUUAAAGUGAUCUGAGAGCACAGUUUCGGGGAGAAUCACCAACUAGUGGCCGCAGAACACGGCUGGGUGAGUGGCCGUGGCACCAGCCCCAUCCGUGGGGCCUGAGGCGCCUGGGAGCCGCGUCCUCCCCUGCCCACCCCCGUCGUCUCUGUGAGGGAUUUGAGAGGAUUCAGGGAGGGUGUAAAGCGGGUCUCGGACUGAAAGGUGUGUGUGAGGUGAUGGACUGAGGAAGGGGCCCAAGCUGCACAGUGACCCUCCCUGACACGAGUGGGCUUUACUUUCUGAGGAGCGGCGGGUCGCACCUGUGAGGCUCCAGCUUGCGACCCACUCAGCGAGUGAGCACAGCGGCGUCCGUGCCACGCGUGCGAGCCCCCUCUGGUGCUCCGUGCGACCUCACUGUCCCGGGCGCGUGGGCCCGGAGUCGGGGGGGACGCAGAUGUCUCCACAGAGCGGCCCGCCUUGCCUCCUAAAACCUGUCUGCGUCCCGUUUGGAAACCGCAGGUGCCCCGAGAAGACCUGCGGGGGUGCGGCGGGGGGGAGGGCUGUGGGCAUCGGCACCAUCUUCAGUCGGAUGCCAAGGGAACGGCGCCCUUGGUGGGCCUGCCGGGGCUGUGACAGCCGCACAGCUGGCCGAGAAAGGACACGCACUGAGGGGCCAAGUGUGUGCAUUUAUCUGUGGUAUGUUUCCUUACAUUUUUUACAGAGGAAAGGGUCAUUCUCUGUGCCUUUCACAGGUCCUAGAAUAAACUGCACAUUCCUAAAGCCUCUUGGUAGCAGAAGCCCGACUGUCCCCUUUCCGGGCGAGAGCGGUGUGUGUGUGAGGGCGGCACUGCCUGGGAAGGCCCCAGGCCUUCCUCCCCUCACCGCCCAUGCCGCCUGCUCCCCGGCCCUCCAGCGUCAGCCUCCCCUGCAGGCGAGGGCAUUCUGCACUCCUGCCCGCCCUGGGCUGCAGGGUGCCCGUCUAGGGAUGUUGCUUGGUGUGGCUAGAACUACUCGGCAUCCAGGCCGCCUCCCCACGGCCUCUGGCUUUUCUAGCCCUUUCUCCUGUGCCCCUCUGUCCCCAUGCCGAGCCACAGAUGACAACGUGGGGGUUGCUUCCAAAUGCCCCACCUUACAGCCAGAUCAGACCUCGUAAAAUUACUCGUGGUGGUUGUAAGGGGCUGCCUGCCUAAAAGGGAUUACUGUGAGAUGAAAAUUCCAAGCCAUCUGUAGUUUUCAAUGGAAAUGUAUCCAGCUGGGGAAAAACUGUCAGGUUCAUUGCUAUGGUUUUUUUCUUUUUCAAUUGUACUUACUUCUGUGGAUAUUUUAAUACAUCUUUUUCAAUUACU